AUGUACCACUCGUUGAUCCUUUCAUUUUCUCUCGUCCCCAUCUUGGGACUGGCUUUGCCGACGACAGCGCCGUCCACAGGCACAAACACAGCGCCGACCGGCAACCUCGUCUCGGGCGGCGCGCUGCUAAACGCGACGCAUGCCCCCAAAAUAAACAGUCUCUCCAACAGCACACACCUAUUUGAUACUAUCAACUACUUUCCCGACCCGGAGGUCAGUUGCUCGGGACGUAAACUCGACGACGUGAGCAGCAACUGGAGUACAGACCUUGCCACAGCGGUCACAACGACCACGACAGACGGCAUAUAUGGGACGUGCGACGCGGACGGCUCGGAGGUUGACGGCAGCGGGAACCUGGCGUGGAAGAGUGGGGGCGUACAGGUCUACUACUGCAACCAUGGAUUCACGCCGAACCCCUGCUCGGUAAACGAAUACUGGCGAGCCGACGAUCUUAUCAACGACAAAUGCGGCAGCGACGGCGGCGGGUGGGUGAAAAUUCCCGACUGGGGCAAGACGAUCGGUCGGGAUCCAACAAACUCGGACGGGAGCUUCAGGUCGGAGUGCGGUGCAAGUUUACAUGGCGUCAAGGCGAACGUCGUUACAAAUUCUACCAGCACUUGA